AAAACGCUCGCUCAUCCUCACUGAUGGUGUGCAGAACAAGGGGGACAUAAAAAAGAACCUUCUGAAACUGAAACAUACAUCUUUUUCUUAAACCUUACAAAAAAGAGAAAAAAACGUCAUCAUGAGCUACGAUUCCUUCUUCUCCUACCGCCGCCCUUGGGACAGCUUCAAAGGCUCCCGAGCCACAACCAAGUCCUCCAUGUCUUCAUCCGUCUACUCGUCUUCCCGAGCCCCUCCGUCCGGGAAGAGGAUCCUGCGGACGACGGCGUCGUCUUCUCUGCAGGACGCCUGUCAGAGGAUGGACCUGACCCAGGCCAGCUCCCUCAACACGGAGCUGAUGGGCCUGCGCUCCCAGGAGAGGGAGCAGCUGGUGGACCUCAACGACCGCUUCGCCACCUACAUAGAGAAAGUCAGGCACCUGGAGCUGCAGAACCGGGCCCUGCUGGCCGAGCUGGACGCGCUGCGGCGGCGGCAGAACGACCCGUCCCGCCUGCAGAUGCUCUACGAGGGGGAGGUGCGCAGCGUCAGGGCCAUGAUCGACUCAGAGAACGGGGAGAAGAUGCGGAUGGAGGCGGAGAGGGACCACCUGAGAGACGUGUACGAGCAGAUGAAGGAGCGCUACGAGGAGGAGGCCCGGCGGCGCCUGGACGCCGAGGAGGCCCUGCAGCGGGCCCGGGACGAGGCCGGCAGGGCCGUGGUGUACAACUGCGACGCCGAGGCCAACGUGGUGUCGCUGUGCGACGAGAUGGUGUUCCUGAAGAAGGUGUUUGCCGAGGAGCAGGCGGAGCUGCAGGCCCAGCUGCAGGUGGCCAGCAUCAGCGUGGACGUGGAGGUGUCCAGGCCCGACCUCUCCACCGCCCUGCGGGACAUCCGGGGGCAGUACGAGCGGCUGGCGGGAAAGAACAUGCAGGCCGCCGAGGACUGGUACCAGAGCAAGUUCGCCAGCGUGGCGGAGAUGGCCAGCAAAAACAACGAGGCCGUGCACGCCAUCCGGGAGGAGACGCUGGAGUACCGGAGGCUGCUGCAGUCGCGCUCCUCGGAGAUCGAGGCUCUUCGGAACGUCAUCGACUCCCUGCACAAGCAGCUGGAAGAUCUGGAGGAGAUGCAGACGAAGGACGUGGAGAAGUACCAGAUGAGGAUAAAUGACCUGGAGGGCGACAUCACCGAGGCCAAGCAGGAGAUGGCGCGCUACCUGAGAGAGUACCAAGACCUCCUCAACGUGAAGAUGGCCCUCGACAUCGAGAUAGCGGCAUACAGGAAACUUCUGGAGGGGGAGGAGAUCCGGCUGACCUAUCCCUCCUUUCCUGCUCUGAUGUAAAAGCCAACCGGGCAACAAACCUGACAUAACGCCCCCUCCUCCCUGAA